UUUCUUCCCUCCUCUUCGGCUGUUCAGUUCUCUUUUGACGAGUGUUGAGGCUGAAGCUAAUGAGUAGUGUAGCAUCGUGAAGAGUUCAAAAAUUGAUACACUUAUGACAGUGAUAAAAACGUUGUGAUGUGUUUUGUUAUGUGAAGUGAAUCAUACUCGGUGGCUUUAUUUCGUGUUUUAAUUAUCGUAAUGAAUUGCUUUUGAAAUAAUUACUUUGUGAUAUAUUUGGUAUCAGUUAUGCCAUAAUCUUAAUCAAAUUUGAAACUUACAUCCAUUGUUCCGAAGAACCUGAAUGUCCAAGUCGACUGGUGCCGAAAAUCUUUCAAUUUCGAUCAAUAACUAUAAAUAUCAUCACAAUUGACCAAAAAUUUAUAAUUUUUCAUCGAUAAUCAAAAUAGCCUCAACCAAAUAUGUCUAGUUACCAAUCAGGCAACAUUGUUAGCGAAAUUUGGCUACAGUGGUUUUCAUGUUGUAUCAACGAACCAGCUCAGUCACGUAAAAAAAGAACCAGAAGCGGAAUCCGCAUCGAUAGAUCAAUGAUUGGGUUACCAACCGAUUUCCAACACACAAUUCACAUAGGAUCGAAUGACAUCGAACUGAAUAACUCCGCUGUAAGGGCGUUACAAAAUCAAAUGCAAUCCAAAGGAGGCUACGAGACUUCUUAUACGGCUUUGAAGGCCUGUUGAAAAUUCCUGUUUUAUAGUCAUUCUAAUUUUACGUAUAAUUUUAGUGCUUGUAAAUAAUUCAUACAUCGAUUUAUCAUUUUUUUUUCCUUCGGCGAUUAUGUUCGAUUCUUCGGAUUUGUUAGUACCUAUGUUUACCGGCUUCGUAUUCGAGAGAAAUAGAACAUCGUAAACGUUAACUCGAAACAAAAAUACCGAAAAAAAUUUGCGUUAACGUCGUGUCAUCUUAAUAAAUUACUUUUUAAAAAAAACUAUGGCAACGAGAAAUCAAAAAAAUACCUUAAUUUGUACGAUUAGAAAAUUGAAAACGCGCGAGUUAGCGUUUAUGAUCUCGUAAUCGGAUAAUGUAUCGUUCUAUUUGGGGAAUAUUAAUUUAUUAUGUGUGUGUAUUUGUUUUGUUUUGUUUUGUUUUGCAUUUACUAUAAAACUACUGUUACUUAUUUAACAUGUUUUGUUUAUUGUUUUUUUUCUUUCUUUUCCUUUGCAUUGUAUGACUGAAAAUUUCCUCAUUUUGUAUCGAGUCGGAAUUAGCCCUUUGUUUAUGUACCUUCGUGUAUUUAUUUUUACAUUGUAUUUUCUUCUCUUUUUUUACCUUAUUUACAAUAUCGUAAUCAAUAAUUACGUACAGUUUAAAAUGACAAACCGUAUCUACGCAGGUCUUUACAAUAAUUUUAACGUCAGACAUGGACGUACCACGAUGUGAUAUUAUUUAUUAAUUUUUUUUUACGCGCUGAUCACUCGCUAUGUUUUUGUAACUGUUUAAUGUACGCAUUACAAAUGUUUAUAAAUGGAAAAUUCAAAUAAUUUUUCAUUUAUAUAAUUGUAAUAGACAACCAAAGCUGUGAAUUCGACUUGAGUUUGCGAAAUUGUACAAAUUGUCCCGUCAUAAGUAAACACAGCUAGCCAUAUUACCUCGAAUUAUACUAUAUCGGAUAUGUCAUGAAAUAAAGUACACUAUUGUCUAAGAAAUUUGUACAUUUUUAAUAAAUUUUAAAAUUUUAAA